AGCGGUGAAAAUGUCUGUGAAGAUCCUCUCCAUCACUCUCCUCCUGCUGUCAGUGUGUCUGUGCUUCCACGCCGCUGCAGCUCGUCGAAAUCCUUCAAGAAGCCGACUGUGCUGCAUUGAGGUCACCACCCUCAACAUGAGCGCUGAGGUGGUGGGGGAAACGUAUCGUAAGCAGGCUGCAGCACAUCCCUGUGUGAAGGCUGUGAUUUUCAACACAGAUUAUGGAAAACUGUGUGCUGAUCCAAAAGCUCAGUGGGUCAAGAACCUCGUCGCCAACAUGACAAAGGUGUGAAGCAGAGAGUCUCUGAUGAAGCAUCGCUGCCUGUCGGCUCCACCAGGAUCUCCUUUAGCAUCACAUUUAAAGACUUAUUUAAACCAGAGUGCUUUCCUAACAUAACAUUCUUAUAUAUAUUCUUUGCAUUUGUAAGUUACUUUUUUCACUCGUAGUGUGGAGUAAUCCUGUAUUUGAUUCAGUCAUGUACUGGGUUUAUUUUAUUCCUGAAGUUCUGGCUUUCUGUGUCUUUUUCCCCUCACUUAUU